UUGCAAGUUCUAUUCUUUCUUUUCUCUCGCAUUUCAUAGAGAGGGGAGAGCUAUGGCGCUAGCGCGGCUCCAAAGAAAGGAGGCGCGAUAGGGCGAUUUGCCCGACGGCGGCGCAGCGGCGGCGGAUUUGAUCGUCAGAUGCGCCGGUUCUUCUUCCUUGCGCCGGAAAUUCUUGCGUCAUCUGAUGGCUAUCGUGGUGCUGGAGAUCGUGUCGCUGCUGUGGAGCCACCCUAUCCUCGCGGGGCUCCUCAUCCUGCUCUUCACCACGCCCCUGUUCCACAUCGUCCUCUUCUUCACGCCGCUGCUCAUGUCCACGGCGCUGUGCGUGAUCGCGCUCAUCAGCAUUGGGCCUCAGAUCGAGAAGAUAAGGGAGGAGCGCCAAUUUAAGAUGUCCAUGAGCUCCAGGAGUGUGGUAGCGGCGCCCGAGAGGCCGGCGAACAGGUACAUUGUUAUAAGCCAGGGGCGGCCCCAAAGACCGGCAAUGCGGCUCGGCGGCGGUGGCGGAGGGGGUCGAAGAUGGAGCGAUUGGGUGAAAGGAAUAGAGAUCCAUGGCCACACGAUUUGGCUGUCCGAGAGCCAUAUCAUGCGUGACAUCGCGGAGGAAGGCUUAAAGUCGGAUUUCUCUCACGAAGAUGGCGGCAUCGCGAUGGCUCCGGAAGAUUUGUGCUCCUCCAAGGGCGGUGCUUUCAGUUUGGAGAAAGCCACCGCCGCCAGCCUUUGUGACGUAGUCAAUCCCGGGGAAGCUGACAGGCUAAUUGAAGAGGAGUGCCAACAUCUGGAGCUUGUGGAAGUCAAGCAGGCCGACGAGGAGCCUGCGUUACACUCCGAAACGGGCAUCGUGAGCUUGGAUCCGGUGGCGGAAGGUGACAAAGAGGACGCAGCGCUGCUCGAGCUCGCUUCAUGCAGCGUGACCCGUGCUGAAGACAAUGCGGGCUGUGCUACGACCGAGAAGAUGUUUACAAGGAACAGCAACGCUUGUUUCGUUGAGCUGGUUGGUCCUUCCGCAGCGGCCUCCACACAACAGGUUUUGGCUCUGAGCGAGACGAGUUUUGCUUUGGGCUUGCCAUCGCCUCCUCCUCCCAUUGCCACGAAGAAGAAGAAGCGAACUUCCUGGUUUCGGAGACAAAGGAUACCGUGCGGCCUUUCGAAAGCGCUUGGCCAGCUCAGGGAGAAGAUCUGCAAUCAACUUCGUCGCAUCUUCACCUGAUCGAGGAUCCAAAGCGAAAGAAGGAGAGGAGGGGAGGGGAGGGGAAAAUCCUGUGUACAGUUUCGGGUUGGAGAGGUACGCGCCGUGCGUGCUGACGAGCUACACGAAAGAAACAAACAAACCAAGGUACUUAACAAGCUUCGAUUGGGAAAACUGCUGUGGUUCUCAUAUUCUUUGGUGAUGAUAAGAUAUGAUCCAACACUACUUAUAAGCUACGUCCAUUCAAACUUCGGGGAGGAGGAAGUAAGUUCUCCUGGAAUCCGGAUUCGGAUCAUCCGUCGCGUGUUACUCCCGUGCUCCAGAUAUAUAGGCCGGAGGCAGCUAGAUAACAGGGGAAGCAGAACAGGUUUUCUUAUGGGAUAGAGUGCACAGGCAGUCGCAGGCAGGCGCAGCGCAGGGGUUCUUUUUUCUCUCGCUCUCUCUCCUCCUCAGAUUGUGGGAUUAAGUAAGAAUUGUUCCAAGCUAUCAACAGCAGGAUCAAGGCGGCGCUGGCUAUACGCCUCGGGAACAGGCGACAUAGAUGGUGCUAAUAGGGAGGAGAAAACAAAUGGAUAUCGUGCGCGACCAGGGAUGAUGCUGCUGCUGCUGCUGCUGCCAGGUAGCCAUUUGCUACGAGUACAAGUGGAGGCAGGAGAGCACGCUACAGGGCAGUGACUUGUUUUCUACGAUCAGUGGAGGAAGUCCGAAGGAUUAGCUCAGGCUGAAGUGAAUCACACGACAAAAUGCGGCACGGCGUUUAUGGAGAGGCGAUUUCUCGUCGACAGCUUUAGCGGGGACGAGAGAGCUUGGACGACUUUUUCACACCACGGCAGUGGUGCCACAGGAAAGCGACACACAUUGGUGACGAGACGCGACGAGACGAGACGACGAAGAGGCUAUGGCAUGGGAUGGGAUGGGAUGGGGGGCUUUUUCUUCCGAGUUGUUUACAUCUGGGGAUUGGACUUUGGAACUUUGGACAGGAUCAAAAGGUGAUCGCUGUGUAGCACGGAUUCGAAACCAGCUGUUGGCAUUUAAGACGUGUGAUGGAGAUAUCGAGAGUCGUCCAUCGAAUCGAAGCUAUAGUGUUUUUUUUUUCUUUCAUCUUUCUUCUUUCUUUUAGGAGGCUGAUUGCAAAGCGAUGGCUUGAGAUCAAAGGAAAAGCUGGAGCGCUUUGAGAAUCUUAACUGGUGUGAUUCUUACGUUUAUAAAAGGAAAUUUUAUUCGUA